AUGAACGGCUCUCAGGUGGGUGCAGUGGCCCAGGCUUCCUGGCUGAGCUGCUGCAACCAAUCCGGGGAACCCCUGCAGCCUCCGGAGAGCCAGGGGCCUCGCGCGGUGCAGGCAGCGGUGCUGGGUGUGCUGUCUCUGCUCGUGCUCUGCGGGAUCUUGUUCCUGGGCAGCAGCCUCCUCCUCCGUGCCCAAGGGCUCACGGCACUGCUGGCUCGCGAGUGGCGCCCAUCCCGCGAGGCUGAGCCUGGAGGUGCCAGUGAAGGUGAAGAAGACUCCUAG